CCUAGUCACAAGACCUGGCUGUCAGCUGAAUUCCGAACAAAAAAACUGGCUACUGUGAUUUCCAACACAUAUAGUGAAAAUUAAUAAAAUUUCAGGAUAAAAUUCCAGCAAAUACGCAGUAGCCAUGUCUGACGUUAAGGAUUUGAUAAAUAUGCCCGAUGAGAGCAUUGAUAUGAUUGCUGCAACAUCGGUGUUGCAACAACAGGCUGCAGAUAUCCGAACCAAGACCAUCAACUGGGCAUCUUAUAUGCAGUCUCAAAUGAUUUCUCAGGAAGAUUAUCAGUGCAUUAGCGCCUUGGAUAACUCUAAGGCCUCAUACUUGCAGACAAAUCCAGCCCAGGCUGUCAAAACUUUGCUUAACUUGUUGUCUCAUGUCUCCAAAGACUCGACCAUCCAAUAUAUUAUGGUCAUGAUUGACGAUUUGCUGCAAGAAGAUCGUUCUCGUGUGGAUAUCUUCCAUGAAUACUGCUCUAAGCGUAAGGAAUGCGUAUGGGGACCAUUCUUGAAUUUGCUUAAUCGUCAAGAUGGAUUCAUUGUUAACAUGUCUUCGCGUAUAUUGGCAAAAUUGGCAUGUUGGGGACAUGAAUUGAUGCCCAAAUCCGAUUUGAAUUUCUAUUUGCAAUUCUUAAAAGAUCAACUAACUAGCCAGGCCAAUGAAUACAUUCAAUCUGUGGCUCGCUGUUUGCAAAUGAUGUUGCGCAUUGAUGAGUAUCGUUUUGCCUUUGUCAGUGUAGAUGGCAUUAGUACUUUGGUACGCAUCUUAUCUUCUCGUGUGAACUUCCAAGUUCAAUAUCAGUUGGUGUUCUGUUUGUGGGUUUUGACUUUCAAUCCCUUAUUGGCCACCAAAAUGAACAAAUUUACUGUUAUACCCAUUUUGGCCGACAUUCUCAAUGAUUGCGCCAAGGAAAAGGUUACUCGUAUCAUUUUGGGUGUAUUCCGUAAUUUGAUUGAAAAACCCACUGAUGCCCAAGUUGCCAAGGAACAUUGCAUCGCCAUGGUGCAAUGCAAAGUUUUGAAACAACUCUCUAUUCUCGAACAACGUCGUUUCGAUGAUGAAGAUAUAGCUGCUGAUGUUGAAUUUUUGACUGAAAAACUACAAAACUCUGUGCAAGAUUUGUCUUCAUUCGAUGAAUAUGCCACCGAAUUGCGAAGUGCCCGUUUGGAAUGGUCACCAGUUCACAAAUCUGCCAAAUUCUGGCGUGAAAAUGCCCAACGUUUGAAUGAAAAGAAUUACGAAUUGUUGCGCAUUUUGGUGCAUCUCUUGGAGACCUCAAAAGAUCCCAUUAUUCUCUCUGUAGCCUGUUAUGACAUUGGUGAAUAUGUUCGCCAUUACCCCAGAGGAAAACACGUCUUGGAGCAGUUGGGCGGCAAACAAAUAGUGAUGCAAUUGUUGGGCCAUGAAGAUCCUAAUGUACGUUACGAGGCUUUGUUGGCUGUACAGAAAUUAAUGGUUCACAAUUGGGAAUAUUUGGGCAAGCAACUCGAGAAGGAAAAUGAGAAUCAGAAGCAAGGCACUGCCGUUAGUGGCAAGGCUUAAGUAUUAUCAUCUUAUUUAAAAUUCACUAAUAUUAUAAAUAAAAAACCGUUCUGCUAAUGUUAUUAAACUAUAAGAAGAAAUUAAAUUAACAAGUUGUUCACAAAA